AUGGUGGGAAGCAUCAACAGGUUUCUAGCCAUUGCAGGCACUGCCUCGGCAGCCGUCUUCGACCUGCCUGUUGUCAUUAAGGGCACAUAUAGCAGUGUCAAGCUCGACAUCGGCACGCCCCCGAAAGAACACCAGUUGCUGUUCGAUACCGGCUCAUCAACCCUCUGGACUGUUAGCACUGACUGUACACAAGACUCGUGCCCAGAAGGAAACACGGGACGAUAUAAACGACAAUACUACAAUGCAUCGGCAUCGUCCACGGCUGUCGAUAUUGGCAUUCCCGCCACGAUCCCUUACUUAGGGGGUAACGUUGAGGGCGAAACUUACUACGACGUCUUCAGCGCUCUCGAUGGGUCAGUGAAGUGGAAUCAGUCAUUCAUUGCAGUCAAUGAGAGUUCAUGGCGUUGGAUCACUGCAGACGGGUUUCUGGGCCUUGGCUUCUCCACCAUCGCAGAACCCAACACGUCGACGCUGGUCGAAACGCUCCUGUGGGAUGGCAAGCUAGACAAACCCCGAUUCGGCCUAUACUAUGGCACGAACCUAGGAGACGAGGGCCCUCAGGACGGUGUGCUCAGCGUCGGUGACAGUCACGAGGACAAGUAUGUUGAUGGCCAGGUGGUUUAUGCUCCUCUGCAGAAGGUCAACAACGAAUAUGAUCUAUGGCGCACACCGUUGAAGGCUGUCCACCUACUGGUCGCCAAGAACCCGUCCAACCCAAAUCACACAGUCGAGACGCACAUUGGCAAACUGCCCACGACGCAAUUUUCUGGCAAUGCUGUCGAGUCAGUCAAUAUGACUCUGUCAACGUUCGGCCAGGGUCAGGCUGUUUUCGACACGGGAGCUGGUCGCCUUUCCGUGCCGUACGAAAUGAUCAAUUCCCUAUACUACAACCUCGGCUGGGAUUACGAAAGUCUGCUCAACGGCAAGCAGCGCUUUACCUGCGAGGCCAUGAACGCAUCCUGGGCUAUUUCUCUGGUCCUUGGUGAGGGUGCGCCCGAGAACGAUGUCGUGGUCAGUAUUCGCGGCGAUGAAUUCCUCGAGCCUGGAGCUGAAUGCAUGCCACCGUUUGACCCUUCCGACUCACCUUCAUUUGCUCUUGUUGGUGGCACCCUCCUCCAGAGGUACUACACUAUAUGGGACUUUGGUGCGGACAAGGUGGCUGAGUAUAUGCCUCGGCUUGGAUUUGGAAGACUGAAGAAGGAGUUUGACUGGAAGUACCAGUCGUGA